AUGCCGCAAGAAACACUCACAUUCCCGCCACUCUACUGUCUUAUCGGCGCAUAUCGUCUCGCGCACGAUCCAUCUUUGUACAAACCGAUGUGGACCAAAUGCUCCAAGGCAGCCAAACAAGCGAUCAUCCUUUCCUCUCUCUGGGCAAUCCUCUCUUGGCCACUCCAGUCGCUUUUCGUUCGCUACUUCAUGUCUGCCUCCGCCAGCGUAGCUGGGUUUGGUGCCGUCUACUCGAAACUCGUCGAAACGGCGGGUGUGACUGGUGAUAGCCUUGCCUUUAGAAUUCCUGUUCCUUCUUUCCAGACAUUUGCGACUUUUAUGUUUGUCAUGGGCCAGGUUGAUGCGAUCAUGCAGUUUUCCCUCCGAAGAAAGCUGAGAGAAUGUAGAAAUACAGCUUACAUCCAAACCGUGAGAUCCAGAGGAAAAGCGGCCGAUUGGUGGUCAGAAUAUACAGAGGAGUUUGCAAACCCCCCGAUCGAGAAGGCGAUCAGGGAUGCGAAAAAACAAGGAUGCUAUCUUAAUCUCGCAAGCCCCCUGGUUCGAUUCUUUAUCGUCAAAGUACUCCUGCUCCCCAUGCAGUUCAUCCCGUUCUUCGGCAUGGCCUUGGGAGCGGCACUGCGUUCUUUAAGCUAUGCUCGACUACUGCACCAAAACUUUUUCCAAGCGAAACGCAUGUCGCCCUUGCAAGUGCAACUCUGGAUUACCGAAAGACAGUCUGCCUAUCGUUCUUUCGGUUUUGUUGCUGCACUGAUGGAACGAAUUCCUCUCAUCGGCCUCAUCUUUUCUGUCAGCAACCAAAUCGGCGCUGCCAUGUGGGCACACGACCUUGAGAAGAGGCAACAAACUUUCCACUCCUCCUCUUCUGCAAACUCGGUGGAACUGGAAGAGUACAAGAAGAAACCCUCGCUAAACAAGCUUUAUAAGCAGGUUCGACGUGAUCAAAUCCCCGACGACGACGGCGAUAGUGGCCAUGGCGCCAAUGAUGCAAAAGGUGAGCACUCUUCUUCCCCCUCCCACUCGCUCCUCCCAGGCGGUAAAAGAGGGGGAGAGGGUGGGCGGUUUAAAGCUGACGGCUUGGCUGUCUUGCGGAGAGGUGUUGAUGAGCGUGCAACAGCCGUAUUUACAUGUCUAAGUUUUACUUUCCCACUCAAACUUAUCUCUCCCCACAUCAGUGCCAGGAAUGCUUCCCUCGACAUCCUCAAGCGAACACCGUUGAACCUUUCCCCUCCUUCGACGCGCGUGAGCGAGUGCAAAGCGCCGAGUGUAAUGUACAUUCUAGGAUAUGGCGGGGGGUUGGUUUCCGGUGAUAGUGUAGACUUGGAUGUUGAUGUGGGUAGUGGGUGUAGUUUGUUGAUCCUUACCCAAGGCAGCACUAAGGUUUUCAAGACUAGGAAUAGUAGGCCGACGCAAGGGGUUAGUACUGCUGCCUUGCCUCGCACUCCCGAACAAAGGGCAGGGGAGGGGGGAGGGGGUGAGAUGGUAACGAGACAAACUUUUCGAUUCUUGAUUCGAAAGAAUGCUACCUUGGUACUGCUCCCAGAUCCAGUGACAUGUUUUGCCAGCGCUCGCUACGAUCAAACGCAACGAUUCGAUCUUCGAGAUCGCAACACCUCGUCCCUAAUCAUGCUAGAUUGGAUUACGCCUGGUCGAACUUGCGUCCCCCCUACCCGUUCCGCUUCGAAUGCGGCCAAGUUGAACCAUCUCGAUGCGCACACCCCCUCGCCUUCGCCAUACACCAACCCGGCGAGGGAGAUGAAAGAUUACAGCAUCCCAACCCGCGAUCCCGAACUAUGGUCUUUCGAUCUCUAUCGCUCGCGCAACCAAGUACGCAUAUGCCCCCCUCCGCAACCUGUUGCUACAGACCUCCUCCUACUCUCCCAAGCUCCCUCGACCCAUAGCACGCAAGAUGGAGCCAGAGGGUUGAAACCUACGGAUUUGGCUAGAAGGAAUCAUCCCUACGGCUGCUAUGCUACCCUUAUGCUAGCUGGUCCGGACGCGGAAGGGAUAGUAAAGAGAUUGACUGACGAAUUCGAUGCGAUCCAGCAGAGGCCAAGUAGCAAAGUGGACCCUAGAGAGGUCAUCUGGAGUCUUUCCCACCUCCAACACCAAGCGAUUGGCGCCGAUAGGGGUACAGUGGUAGUGAGGAUAGCAGCAAGCGAUAGCCAAACCGUAAGAAAAUGGUUGUCCAAGAGACUGGUAAGUUUAGAAACUGUCCUUGGCACACAUUUGUAUCGUCAAGCACUCGGUUCCUAG